GGCCCCGCCCCGCGCCCGCGCGUGACCGGCCCGGGCCGCGCCCCUCUCACCCGCCGCGCCGCGCCGCUCCCGGCCCCGAAAUGCCCCUUUUCAGCGUGCCCAAAGAAGUGGCCGUCGGGACGGCGAUGCUGGGGGUCGCCUUUGCCACCGGGAUGCUCGCAGGUAAAAGAUACCCUUCUUUAGUUUUUGGGACACCGAAAUCAUCCAAGAGUAUUAUUGGGAAAAGUGGUCCCCUCUGGCAAUACAUACUGGAUCACUCUUUGCGGGAACAUCCAAUUCUAAAGAAGCUGCGACUGCUCACUGCUGAUCAUCCCUGGAGUAAAAUGAUGGUGUCCUGUGACCAGGCUCAGCUUAUGGCAAAUUUGGUCAAACUCAUUAAAGCCAAGAAAGUUCUUGAAAUAGGUGUUUUCACAGGUUAUAAUACCUUGAAUAUGGCACUUGUCCUACCAGAUAAUGGCAGAGUUAUUGCUUGUGAUAUAAAUGAGGACUAUGUCAAAAUUGGAAAGCCACUGUGGAAAGAGGCAGGAGUAGAGCAUAAAAUUGACCUGCGGAUUAAGCCAGCAAUUCAAACACUUGAUGAACUGUUGGCCAGCGGAGAAGCAGAAACCUUUGACUUUGCUUUCAUUGAUGCGGAUAAAGAAAGCUGCAAUGAGUACUAUGAAAAAUGUUUGCGCCUCAUAAAGAAAGGGGGAAUAAUAGCUAUUGAUAAUGUCCUUUGGAGUGGAAGGGUGCUAAAACCAAGAAAGGAUGACUUGGCAACCCAGAGCAUCCACCACCUCAAUGAGAAGCUUCUCAGAGAUGCACGAGUCAAUAUCAGCAUGCUCCCAAUGGGGGAUGGAGUCACAUUAGCGUUCAAGUUGUAACUGGAGGAAGCCCAGCAGACAGGAAACAACAAGCAGCAUCAAAUCAUCAGGAAAAAUGCAGGCGGAACAGUAUCAAAAAUGGUUAUUUAACCUAUAUCUCCACUGGGUAGUGUAGCCUGGGAAAGUAGACUUUAGGAGCAGCAGGAUCCUAAGGGCAGCUAAGUUGGGAAGAGAGGCUUAUUUCGAGAUCUACUAUGACUUCUUAUUUUAAUUAUAAUAAAGCAAGUAAACUUA